AUGGGUGGUGUGAGUGGUGAUGACCCCGAAUCGCGUGCUAUGAGGAGGAAUCACGUCAGCCGAAGGGCGGCGUCUAAACGUCGUCAUUUGCCGAACCCCACUUCGGUGCUCCGAGAGAGAGACCCCUCAAAUAUCUCGAGCACCUCCAAACGUCGCGACUUCUCAACAUCUCCCCCAUACCCAGUCACCAUGCUCGUGCAGGCGCUCAGUGCACUCACAACUCUGGCUCUUGGAGCAGCGGCCGCGACCUCGUCCAAGCCGAACAUCAUUUUGAUAAUUACCGACGACCAGGAUGUUGGAACCUUGGACAAGCGCGAGUUCUUGCCACGCAUCCACAAGCACCUCGUCGACGAGGGUGUGUUGUACGACAACUUCUUCGCUCCCGUUUCGGUCUGCUGCCCCUCGCGUGUGUCGCUUCUCCGCACGCAGUAUGCGCACAACCACAACAUCACCUUCGUUGCCCAGCCUUGGGGAGGGUGGGAAGUGUUUAACAAGUACGGCUACGUCGACCACACGCUGCCCGACUUCCUUCAGCAUGCCGGCUACGACACAUACUACACUGGCAAGCUGAUGAAUGACCACACGGCUGCCAACUGCGAGGACCUUCCCGUCUCGGGCUUCAACUCGUCUGACAUUCUUGUCGAUCCUUACACUUACGACUACUGGAACCCCGGCUUCUCGCGUGACAACGGAGCCGUCAAGGUUCAUACCGGAGAGUACUCGACCGAUCUCAUCAAGGACAAGGCCCUCGGCUACCUUGAGGAUGCUCUGGCUUUCUCCGAGGACCGCCCAUUCUUCCUUGGCAUCGCACCCAUCGCCUCCCAUUCGUGGAUGUCGAGCGACGCUCACAAGGUACCCAUCGAUUUCAACAAGCUGGGCAUGCAAAUGCCAGCUUUCCAUUAUCGCCAUGCCAACCUCUUCGCUACUGAGCAGCUCCCUCGCAAGGCCUCGUUCAACCCCGACGAACCUCAGGGUGUCUCAUGGGUGAAGGACCUGCCAAAGCUCAACGAGACUCAGGUGGCCUACCUGGAUGAGUUCUACCGCGCUCGUCUCCGCUCGCUCCAGCCUGUCGACGAGCUCGUCGAGGAAGUUGUCCAGCGGCUCGAGGAAGCUGGCCAGCUCGACAACACGUACAUCUUCUACACCUCAGACAAUGGCUUCGCCCUCGGCACUCACCGCCGCCAGCCUGGAAAGACUCUCGGUUACGAAGAGGACAUCCACGUGCCCCUUAUUGUUCGUGGCCCUGGCGUUCGCAAGGGUCUGAACGACAAGCUCUCGUCGUAUGGCAUUGUCGACCUCUCGCGCACCAUUCUUGACCUUGCCGGUGCUGCCACCGACUACACCAACGACGGCGUCAAGAUCAACCUCCACCAGGAGCGCGACCCUGCCCACCAGUACGCUCGCCACUCGAUCUCCGAGUACUGGGUUCUCGCCAUUGACGAGGGCGUCUACGGCGGUACCAUCCACGUCAACAACACCUACCGCACUGUCCGUGUGCAUGACGAGAUCCACGGUCGCCCCACUACCUUUUCGUACUCUGUGUGGUGCACGGGCGAGCGCGAGCUGUACAACCUCCAGCGCGACCCCCAUCAGGUCAACAACCUCCUCGCUCCUCUCAACGAGGCUGGUCCCUUUGCCGACUUUGGAAGCACCACGCCCGAGGGCAAGCCCAUCAUCUCCCAUCACCUCCAGAAGAUUCUCCACCGCCUGGACGCACUCACCCUUGUUCUCAAGACGUGCUCUGACGACGCGUGCCGUAAGCCGUACCAGGCGCUCUUCCCCACCCUCGUCGAGGACGUGUACCGCUUCUCCCAGGUGCUUGACUCGCGCUUCGACGACUACUUCAUCAACCUCCCCAAGGUCCGCUUUGCAGAGUGUGCCCUUGGGUACCAGUCUCGUCUGGAGAAGCCUGAGUGGCGACCAGAGUUCGCCUUUGGCGGCGAGUUUGGUGCGGUCGCCGGAGCGCCUUCCUUCCUUGUCCAGGCUUGA